UUUCCACAAGCUGCUCCUGGGGCUGAAGAAGCUCAGCACUGCGGUUACAAGUGCUGAGACUGCACCGUGCCAAAGCUCCAAACAUCCUGUGCAGCUGUACCCAACAGCUGUGACACAUCAGAUGGCUGCAGGAGUUUGAGAGGACCAGGAUGACUGAAUCCCCAGCCCAGUUCCACCAGACCAUUUGGCAGAUGCAGCAGCAGCAGCAGCAGGACCACAGCACCGUGGAGCCAGGAGAGAGACGGAGCUCAAAAAACGCAACUGCCAGGCUCAAAGGUGCCUGCUGUGGCCAGAGCCACAUUUUGCCAGAAGUCCAGCAGAGCAGAAGCUUGCCUGUAGAACACACGAUCUCGGAGAUAACAGCCCCUGAGCUGCCCGGCGCAGACGCUUCCUGCCUGUGUUGGCAACUUCCUCCCUCGCUGCACAAACUUCUGCAUGAAAAGAGCCAUUUUACCCCGUCUGACUCCGAGCACACACAGCCCUCCUGAGCCUCCAAACAACAAAGGCAGACGGAGCUUGCUUCCGAGGAGAUAAAUGUACAGGAGAGGACCCUUGUAAAGAGGCUGGAGGGAAAUGGCCAGCAACCAGGUCAUGCUGCUUCUCUUCUGUGGGGAAAUGUGGAGCUCCCUUUCUGCAGCAGCACCUCAGCACCCUGCCACGACUGAGAGCCACACGUGCACCACGGCCACAAGUCCAAGAGCAGGCAAACCCCAUUUCUACCAACUGCAAGCAAGUGGGCCCAGUUUAUCCCAGUCUGACAGAUCCCUGGCUGCUACAGAACCCCCGGCCUUCCCAGGGGAGGAGGAGGCUGGGGACGGCAGCUGGGUAGCAGCGCUGAUAAUUGGCAUCAUUUUGAUUGGGAUGAUGCUGGCAAUUAUCGUAAUUCUCCUGUGGAAAUGCUGCAUGAGGCCUGUUUUGGCCGAGUCCCACUGGGCAGGCCGGUCCCCCUUCACGGAUGGGGACACGCCAGAUCUCUUCAUGGACUCUGACCAGGGCACCAAGCGUUCUUCAGUCUUAUUUAUGCUGCCUUGGAGACUGAAACAAGGCACAAUCUUGCAGGAGGAGCCGAUUGUCUCAGAGAGCACACCCCAGCACACGACCAGUACAGAGAACGGGCAGCCGCCGGCGCCGGCCGGGGGCUGCUCCGGCGCUGGCACAGCCCCAGCCAGCACUGCAGCCGAGCCCUGUCCUCCCCCAGACACCCCGGCCGAGGGCUCCGACCUGCCACCACCCCCCGAGUGGCUCAGGGCAGCCGCUGAGGAGCCCAGCUCGGAUCCCAGCCAGCACUCGGCACUUCACCUGGAAGGAGAGCAAGCGCAGCCCUCUCCACCUGGGCUACUGAUCCAGGAGAUCCAUGACACACCGCCCCAGCCAGAACACCCCUUGUAGACCGCCAAAUUAAUUUCCAGAAUAUUCCACAUUUUUCGUUAAAUCAAGUAAGUUUCAAAAAAAAAUUUAAAAGGAGAAGUUGAUGCAGGCAAGAACUGUGAGGCCCCAGCAUUCUCUUGACAUUUCCCUGGUGUUUCCCAACUUCAGCUUUCACAAGAGAGAACAACCUGCUUCUGCCUGAAGCAAAUUUCUGACUACAAUACAGACUGUGCCCAGUGAUCACCUGUAACUAGAGACUGCAGAAGGCAGAGAACACAGCUGUGAGUGCCAGCACAGCCAGGCACAGGCAGCACACACGCGGGGAGAUGUCAGAGACAGCCCAGCUUCAGAGGGACGCGGCUUCGCACCGGGGUUUGCUCCGCUGGGCUGUGCAAGGGAAUGCAAUCAG